UUCAUUACCCGUUUCAAGCUCUAGGACAACUACUCUUAUUUCUUUUCCUGAUUCUUGAACUUCUUGUUAUAAUAAUGGCCGAACCCGAAGAAUCAAGUCCUUUUUUACCCAAGAAAGAAGAACCCCAAGGAACGAAUGGCGGGAAAUGCUCCAAGGCCGCCGCUUUUUCCCCGUCUCCGGAGAGGAAAGCUUCCACGGCUGUUCCGAUGGGUUGGACCGCCGAGGGCGUCCCGGUGGGACACGGCGUGAUGGACGGCGAGCCCGAAGCUCGCAGGGCGGAGUGGGAUUCCGGCCUUUGCGCUUGUCUUGGCCGGAAUGACGAGUUAUGCAGCAGCGAUCUUGAAGUUUGUUUAUUGGGAAGUGUGGCUCCCUGUGUCCUCUAUGGAAGCAAUGUUGAGAGGAUUGGAUCUCCUCCUGCCUCUUUCUCAAACCACUGCUUGCCUUAUGCCGGUUUGUACGUGAUCGGGAGCUUGUGUUUUGGUUGGAACUGCCUUGCCCCCUUUUUCGCCUACCAUACCCGCACAGCCAUCCGCCGCAAGUUCAAUCUGGAGGGAAGUUGCGAGGGGCUUGCCAGAUCAUUUGGAUGGUCCGACGUGUGGGCCCAGGAUGAGAUGAAACACGAACGAUGUGAGUCUGCGUGCGACCUUGUGACUCAUGUGUUCUGUCAUGUUUGUGCACUCUGUCAGGAAGCUCGUGAAGUUCGUCGUAGGCUUCCUCAUCCUGGGUUUAAUGCCCAACCUAUCUUGGUGAUGCUCCCUCCCGUGGAGCAGACAAUGGGACGUUAAGGACGUGUUCUCUUCACCCGAUCUGGUUGGUUCUGAUCCGAUUGGAAUACGCCAUAAUCUUAUUGUAAUUUUAUUUAAAGCUAUUCUUGAUUUGGUGUGGUCAAAUCUGAUCUGAUUCUAAUAAGAAUAAUUAAUACGAAGUAAGUAAUUAGAAUAAAUUGAGGAGAACAUGACCUAAGUCUUGGGGAGCCAAGAGUAUCUCUUCUUACUUGAUUCUGUUAUGUUUCUACUGUAACAUUUGAUAUGUCACUACUAUUGCUUUAACUAAAUCUUAAGCAUCUCU